AUGGCCGCACCAUCAGAGGGUCCAGCUAGCCUCUCCUCUGAGCCAGAUGUCGCCCAUGGCGCCGAGGUCCUCAGAGCGCCUUCAGGGGCAGCGGUGUCGUCCAAUCUGGUGGAAGUGCGGGAGAUGAGCACCCACCGUGAUGAUCCGCAUCAUGCGGACAACAAAGUGCCGGAUGACGGCGCCCCUCCAAAAGAAGAAAAGAGGGUAUCGUCCGAGGAACGACCAUUAUCCUCCUCUCCAGUCGCGCCUCAGUACGAGGCUGAGAUGACUCCCUUCCAGCGCAAGGUGGUCAACGUGACCUUGUGCUUCAGCGUGAGCAUCAUCGGCGUCGCAGUUUUCAGCCUCAUGAUCGUGGCGCUGACGCAUCAUGUGAAGCAACUUGCCGACGGUUCACAGGAAUGCAAGUCACAGCAGUGCCUGGAUGCGACGCGCUACUUGAGUUCCGUGGUGGAGAGAGACCUGCACCCCUGUGUGGACAUGUACAGUCACGUGUGCAACCGAUGGACAAGCCGGAGGCGCGGCGUGGGCUUCGUGCCGGACGCCCUACACCUGUUCCUGCAACGUAUCCUGCGCCGUCUUCAAAGCACAGGAGACAACGUCUUGGGAGAACCGAUGGCUCCAGUUAUUCAGAUCGGCAAGCGCCUACUCGAUGACUGUGCCGCGUACAUGAACGCGACGGGCUCCAAUAACCUUCAAGCUGACAUUCUGUCCGUGCUAGAACACGUCAACGUUUCAGUGCUCUUGAAAAGCAAUUCCUCGAGCACCGCCUUAGUGCGAGCAAUCAACAUCACGUUCACAACGGGUCUUCACAGUGCAGUGGUCGUCACGCGCAAGAAGCACGACUCGGGCUCGUUCCUUUACCUCGCCAAUGCACCGUCGAUACGUCGCGUACUGCGAGCGCCACCCACGGACGAUGACAUCGAGGCCUACGUCGGUGACGUCAUCCGUCACGUGUCCACGAACACCGACGCCGCGGCCAUUGCUCGCGAUGUGCUCGAUGUGGACAGCGAAGUCGAUAACUUCGCCGAAGGCGACGUCAUUAGCAUUUGGCUUGCGGCUGGGGAUCUAAAGAAGGACGCCGGCUUUCCGUCGGGCGUCUGGAGCCAGGUUUUCGCUUCUUUCGCCGCCCAAGGAUUACCGGUCGCAGACGCCGACGUCGUUCUCUUCACCGGGUACGAGCAGACCCUGAAAAUUUUCCAACACUUGGCCGAGGUUCGACUCCGAACGACAGUUUGGUAUCUCACAAUCACCAUUAUUGCGCAGGCUCUUCGGUACGACUUUGCGAGGCGCUUCCACCCGACUCAUGGCCACGACCCCACACACCUCUGUUUCGAAGCCAUCAACGAUGCCCUGUAUCUGCACUGGCAUUACGUGUUGCGUGAACUCUCCAUAACGCAGCCGGUUGUGGGUAUCGGCCAGCUGAUGAACUCAAUGUUCCUCAGCGUCCACCGACUUACCGUACCCGAAUGGUUCGACGAAGCGACCGCGGCACUAGCGCGUGGAAGAGUCAACAAGACGUCGCUGGAGACGCUGGCGCCAUCUGCCGUUGACGGCGGCGUCACGAACGUGAACACGACUUACCUCCAAAGGGAGCUGCGGCAAGCUUCGGCAGCGAAAGCGCAGAGCAGUUUUCCCGCGAAAUAUGUCUCGUUUCGCGCGCUUUCCCAUAGAGAGGGUGUCCUACGCAACCCGCCGCACUGGGUGACUGCGCGCGUUGCCUCGCUGUGGGCUAACCCGUGGCCCGUGUUCGAUGUCCUCUACGACAAGAUCUUCUUGCCGGCAGCGUACCUGGACAGCCCGGUGUUCUACAACGAACCCGCAGCGCUGCCUUUUCUCUACGGCACAGUUGGGGCUGCUAUGGCUAAGGCACUCGCCGAUGUUGUUGGUCCUUAUUCAAGAUGGAACGCCAGUGCACCGCACCUGCCGCAAGACUCCUGGUGGACCAUCGCGAAGCUGUUCGACGCCACGCUGCGGUUGGGCUGUCUGCGAACUCGAGUCGACGAAGACGUGCUCCGACACCCGUACCGAAACCCGCAACCGAAGACCUCGCAGGCCUUCAAGAGCAGCACGUUCGCCUGGAUUCGGGCCGCCAGGGUCGCGCACGACGCUAUGAAGGAAGCCUUCAACAAGGACAGUAGCCGCAGCGGGGAUGCCGCCCGCGACAAGUACUGGCCGAAAGUUCAGAGGCAGUUCUUCACGCGCUUCUGUCUGAUGGCUUGCGGGACCGAGAGGCAAGAUGCCCUGAAGCCACGAGAGCGAUGCACCUGGCCUCUUGUCAGCAUGCCCGAGUUUGCGACGGCGUUCGAGUGUCGAAACGAGACUUACAAGGAUUUGCAGGAGUCGUGCGCUCCUUUCUGA